CGGAAGUAAACGACAGCGUGAUACAGCUGCUAAAUGAACACACGUGAAAGAAAGACAGUUUACUGGACCAAAGUUGAUUUUAUUUUAGGUUUUAGCGGAAAUUUGGGUUAGAGUAGAUAAUAAUCAAACCUAAACAGCGUUUAUUUGACGUGUUUCCUGCGGACGGAAGCGUUUGUUAGCUUAGCAUGCAGUUAGCAUCCUUACGUGGUCAGUUGGUUGCUCCAGAGUUUGUUAGUUUGAUUUCUCCUAACGGCGUCUUUUAGCUAAGGAGAAACUAACGAAAUAUAAUGGCUUUUGCAAACCUGUUUGCGAAUCUGUCUCCUCUCACUGGUGACGUGAAGAGUCCUGGAGAACCAACGUUCACUUACCGGGAAGAGACUGGUAAAGGAACAAGAAGCAAAGCCAGAAAGAGGAAAGCAGAAAAAGAGCAGCCUGGAUCGUACAUCAAACAACGUUGUGAGGUUCAGACCACCACAACUUAUAACUUCAAAGAUAACAUCAAGGCCAGAGGCUAUCACACACCAAGUACUGACAGUGCACUUGGAGGCUACACCAAGGAAGAGAUAAGUAAUCACGGUAAUAAAGCUGCACCCAAUAUCAGGCACAGCAAAGGUCAAAACUACAAAUCUGGACACAACUGUGAAGUGAACAAGCAGCAACAUCAGAAAAAGAAGAUGAAGUGGCAGAAAAAUCAGCAUAUACCUACGGAUAAAGGGAGACAUUCAAAUAGAGAUGGAAGAGCAAUGUGGGGAAAAGGUGGAAGAGGACAUCCAUAUACCAGACAGAUGAAACCACCAAGGUUCAUGACACAAGAGUUCAAGGACCAGAAUGUUUUGGAGGUGGACGGACGGUUACUUUGCCGAUAUUUCCUUCAUGGACGCUGCACCAAGGCUGACAGCUGCCAAAUGGAGCAUGUUCAGGGUUACAACGAUCUCAUCAAAUCAGCCUGCAAGUUUUACAUCCAGGGAUUCUGCACAAAAGGGGAGAGCUGCCCAUACAUGCACAAGUCCUUCCCUUGCAAGUUUUUCCAUAGAAAAGGAAAGUGCUUCCAAGGAGCAGAUUGCAAGUUUUCCCAUGAACCACUAAAUGACGUCACUAGCCGACUGUUGGAUGAGGCAUUAAAACGGGCCAGUGACCUUUCUGAACUUGCAAAGAAAGCUGAACAGGAGUCAUCAAGAGGGCAGCCAAACACAGCCGAGUCGGAAAUUAUUGAAACAAAUGAAACCCCUGAUACACUCAUACAGCCAAUCAGGCCUAACUUUUACAGCAGCACAGAUGCUGCAAAGGAAACCUUGCUGUGUCCCACAGAAGAACAGGCUGAUGUCACAGUCGAAGUUUUCCUUCCACAUGCUUCGAACGCCACCCCGCCUCAGAGCCCUCCAUCAACCAGCAAUAAAGAGCCAGUCUGUUAUUCAGUGGAAGCUGUCCUUGGACCUCAGCUGUACAGACCAUUCCCCCGUUUCUUUACAGCUCCUGGAAGUCAAGAAUCUACACCUCCCUCUGUCCCACAGACGUCUUCCAGUAUUGGCAUGUCAAGACAAAGCGAAGCUCCGUACUCUGUGGAUGCUGUCCUCAGGUCAUUUAAAUCUGUGGAAAAGUCACCUUUUGGCCAAGCAUCUGCCACUACAACUGUAAAAACUGUAUCCUGUACACCAAAAACUGACUGUGAAAAAAGCACUGAUCCUCUGUUGAACUCACAACACGAGAAGAUUUUGCUAAAUACCAGAGAUGAAACAAACAAAUCCCUGCAAAAAAUGUUCAAAAGUCUGCCGUCUUUCCAAAUGCAUACCGGCCAGAUCUCAAAAACCUGCCGUGACCUUUUGCUCACCUCUGAGGAUCAGAGAAAUCAACGUGGAGAUGUUGCAGAGUCCAUAAAAACUGCUCAAAGAACUUCUAGUGAAGUCAAACUGGAGUUGUUGGUUUCUCCUGUCACUCAAGUAGAAAGGUCUACUUCCUCUCCAAUUAAAGGAGAUAUGAAAGAUAAUCAGACAUGUCCUCCUGCACAGCUGAAGCCACAUCUCUCUGGUCCGACUUCUGAUUUACAAUCUUCAAUUAAGCCUUUUUCUCCCUCUGCAGGUUUCUCAGAGUUUAAAGAUAGAGCUAAGGUUGAAUCUGUUUCUUGUCUUGAUACGAAAAGUGAUUCUUCAGACUCUUCCAGUCAUCAUUUUGCUGCAAAACAACGCCCUGAAUGUGGAUUUAAACUUGGUACACUGCAGCUUUAUUCUGCUAAAACCUCCCCAGAGCGAAGUAAGGAAAUGACAGUUGGAUGUAAGAAGAAUCAGAAAAUACCUUUUUUUGGCCUUUUUGCGAACCCGAUAUCUGACAGCGUGACACCAGCUCAUCCUCGAGGCUUUAUUCAGACUCCACGCUGUGCAGAUUUCACAAGUAAAGAUCUUAAAACUGCUGUUGAAUCUGACAAACCUCCAUCCAUAUCCUUCCUCAGCCUUUUCGCAGAGCCGCUCAUUGACACAGCUGCUUCGGCUCCAUGUUUGUGGUCUCAAGCUGAUUAUUCAAAGGCAUUUCAUUUAUCCAAACGACAAGCGUCACCUCCUCCAUGUGUGGCUGGAACUGAUGCUACAGAAACUCCUCACGGGCCGGUGUCUCCUAACUUCUCCUCUAGUUCAAAAAAUGAGUCUACAAGUCAGCCAGUGAAUCCUGUUUGUCGCCUUGUGUCUGAUUCCCUCGGUGAGAUUCCCACCAGUCCUGCUCCUCAAAGUCUAAAUCCAUCCAUAGCUUCGGCUCAGCAGCAGCUUCCCGACAUGUCAUCCCCCAGAGAUUCAGUUCUGAAAAGCCUCUUCCUGAGUCUGAGUCCGUAUCAAGAGGACAGACAGCAGCGGGACAGUAUUCAUAUCAGUUUUCCUCCAGACUGAGAAAGCAGCCACAACAGAGCACCAGUUCUGCUUUUAGACUCUUCAGAACUCCAGGCGUGACUGAACCUCAAGUAAGAAACUGACGCUCGUUCAAACGUGACGCCGCUGCAGCAUCAAACCCGACUGACGCUCAGCUCAGAGACGGUAAACGACAGCGUCUGGAACCACUCAAGGACCUUUUUAAGACACCACUUUUUUCCUUAUGUGAUUGUUAACCACUGUGUGGAAUAGCAAUAAAAAUCCUCAUACUUUUUUGCA